UCACGUGACUGUUUGGGGUUAGGAUGAAAGAUUCUUUGACCCUCCUUUCUCGCAUCCCAGCACAUCCAGAUUCCCGAUGCUGGUUUCUAGCUUGGAAUCCUACAGGUACUCUGUUAGCUUCCUGUGGUGGGGAUCGGAGCAUCCGUAUAUGGGGGAAAGAAGGCGAUGCCUGGGUGUGCAAAUCAUCGCUGGGCGAGGGGCACCAGAGGACCAUCCGCAAGGUGGCCUGGUCCCCCUGUGGGAACUAUCUGGCUUCAGCCAGCUUUGACGCUACCACCUGCAUCUGGAAGAAGAACCAAGAAGAUUUUGAGUGUGUAGCUACUCUAGAGGGCCAUGAAAAUGAGGUGAAGUCUGUGACUUGGGCCCCAUCAGGCAGUCUCCUGGCCACCUGCAGCCGAGACAAGAGCGUCUGGGUUUGGGAAGUGGAUGAGGAGGAUGAGUACGAGUGCAUGAGCGUCCUGAACUCCCACACGCAGGAUGUCAAACACGUCAUCUGGCAUCCCAACCAGGAGCUGCUGGCCUCAGCCAGUUAUGACGACACAGUGAAACUGUACCGGGAGGAGGAGGAUGACUGGGUGUGCUUCGCCACGCUGGAGGGCCACGAGUCCACUGUGUGGAGCUUGGCCUUCGACCAGAGCGGAGAGCGCUUGGCCUCUUGCAGCGACGACAAGACAGUGCGAGUUUGGCGCCAAUAUAAACCAGGCAACGAGCAAGGUGUAGUCUGCAGUGGCACCGAUCCCACAUGGAAGUGCGUCUGCACCCUGUCUGGUUUCCACACAAGAACUAUCUACGACGUGGCAUGGUGCCACCUGACAGGAGCUUUAGCCACUGCUUGUGGAGAUGAUGCAAUCAGAGUGUUUGAGGAAGAGCCGCUCUCAGACCCCCAACAACCGACCUUCACCUUGACUGCCCACAUGGCCAGGGCCCACUCUCAGGAUGUGAACUGUGUGGCCUGGAACCCUAAGGAGCCCGGGCUUCUGGCAUCGUGCAGCGAUGACGGGGAAAUGGCCUUCUGGAAAUACCAGCGCCCUGAAGCUUGCUGAGA